UGCCAACUCCCUGAUUGCUGGUUGGCUGCUCAAUUCCAUGGACGAACGGAUCCGUCGGCCGUUCAUGUAUAUGGAUCCUAAGGAUAUAUGGGAUGCUGUUCGUGAGGCAUACUCUAAUCGUGGCGAUUCAUCUCAAAUAUUUGAGUUGAAGAAAAAACUUUGGCUCUCUAAACAAGGUGACAGAGACAUCACUACUUAUUUCAAUGAGAUGCUCUCUCUGUGGCAGGAGUUGGAUUUAUGCUAUAAUGAUGACGUUUGGGAAAAUCCAAAAGAUCUUGUACGUGCAAAACGCAGAGAGGAAGAUGAUCGCGUCUUCAUGUUUCUUGCUGGCGCUAAUCACAGUUUUGACGAAACUAAAGGAAGAGUUCUUGGCCGUAAGCCCCUACCAACGGUCAGGACUGUUUUUUCUGAACUUCGCCAGGAAGAGGCACGAAAAAGGGUGAUGUAUGACCAUGCUCCCUCAAUUCUAGAGAACGACAAUAUGGCUUUGGUUUCAAAGCGUUUUAAUGGUGCAGGUGACAAGAAAACGCCAUUCUCUUGUGAUUUCUGUGGGAAGUUGUGGCACACAAAGGAUAAAUGCUACAAGCUUCAUGGGAAACCAUCGUCUACAAAAAAGAAAGGGGACGGGAGAGCUAUUGCCGCCAUGGCUGAAACUUCUGAAGAAAAAACAGCUUCUCCAGAACCACUACCUUUCACUCAGGAACAACUACAGCACCUGUAUAAGCUUUUUAACUCUCCACAAUUCACACUUAAUUCAUCUUCUUCCCCUGCUCCAGCCCAGAAAGGACCUGAACUCGGGGAGGAUGAUUGGCAGUGCUAGGGAGUGCGACGGGCUGUAUUACCUUGAAGAUGGACUGCCUUCAAGUAUGGUUGCCCAAGAAUCUCCUCAUAAAUUAGAGUCCGU